AUGGACACUGCAUCCUUACCUAUUCAGGGAGAAGCUAGUGGUAUUCUUAGAGCUAUGAGAACCUUUGAGUUUGUGUUUUGUUUGAUUAUGAUGGAUAAAGUCAUGAAAGUCACAGAAGUACUUUGUCAAGCAGUACAACGAAAAAACAUUGACAUUGGAGAAGCAAUGAAGUUUGUUCAAUGUACAAAAGAAAUUCUACAAGAUAUGAGAGAUGAUGGUUGGGAUGAUUUAGUUAUGGUUCUUACAUCUUUUUUUGAGAAACAUGAUAUUGUUAUGCCUGAUAUGAAUGCUCGUUGGUUUGAUGGUACGGGUCGUGCAUGUCAACAGAAGAAUUUCAUUACCAAUGAGCACCACUUUCGUGUAGAGGUAUUUAAUGCGGUACUUGACUUUCAAUUAAGUGAGCUAAAUAAGAGGUUCAAUGACAGAUCUUGUGAACUCCUUGUGCUCACUUCAACUUUGGAUCCUCAUGAUAAGUUCAGCCUCUUCGAAACUCAAAAUGUACUCUUUCUUGUUAAGAAGUUUUAUUCUCAAGAUUUUAUGCAUGAUGACCUUCUUACUUUGGAAUUGGAGUGUGCAUAUUAUAAGAAGGAUAUGACUCACGAUGUAGCAUUUCACACCUUAGAUUCUUUGUCUGAUAUCGGCUUAUAA